AUGUCCUCCAGCUUCAUAUUCCGCCAAAGCACACUCCUGUCGAGGUAUUUAGAGGUCUCCUUUCACCAGACCAAUCAAUCAAUCAAGCAAUUCAAAAUAAGCACUAACUCAAAAGACUUUGUCUCACGACAACAAUCACCACAUCAAAAAACACACACAAACACAACCAACAUGACUCAAUCCAAGGCCGACAAGAUCGAAGAGGUCCGCCAGAACCUCCCCCUCCCGCAGAUGCCCCCCAAGGCCUCCGACUGGCAGUCCGCCGACGCUAGCAAGACCAGCGUCGGCAGUGGUCGUUUUUCGAGCGAUGUUUCAACCGGUCCCGGUUCCACAGCUGGACUGAGGGAGCCUGCGACCAAGGCUUCGGAGGAUAUUGAUAUGAGUGGAAUUGGUCGUCAGGGCAAGGAUGGUCUGAGCGAGCCUCCCAAGGAUGCUCGGUCAAAGUAAAUGGGAGAAUGAUGGGAUUUGUUUUUAGCGAUGUGUACUGCAUAAUGAUUAUGAGGACAUGGUGGUGGGCAUGAUGGCUGCCGCCGCUGAAUAUAAAAUAAUUUGAAGUUACACUACUAGACUUUGACAGAAUAUUGUGAU